GGCAGCACCGUGCGGGCGGCUCUGCCACUGCUGCGCCUCGCGGACAAGCCUGGAAGGCCGCGAGCCGGAUCCCCGCCCGGGCCCUGGGGUUCCACUUCGCGAGCGGGAGGAAAUCUCCCGGCGACCCGCACCAGGGUGAAGGCAGCAUGAGAGGCCCCUGAAGUGCCUUUGGGUAGACUGAGCCAUUUGGUUUUGAUUAGAAGAGAGCCACCCACUUGGAAGAUUAAAUUUUCCUUGUGAAUUUCAUACCCCCAAGCAAAACUUCAGAGACUGAAGAAGUCGUGGCCUUUCAAGAAGGUACAGUUGGGUGUAUAAAAGACAGCAUAGGCUGGAAGGAAGACCAAUGAAGAAAAAUAGCACCAUGAUUCAGUGAAGCUGCAGUGUGAUGCUAAAGGAAGCCUCCAAGAUGUGCCCUUCUCAGCAUAGCCUGCAUGGCCCACAGAUGCUGUGGAGUGCACAGCAGUGCAGUAUCUGUGAUGGAAAUGGCUCAUUCCCUCUCCAGAAUUCACCAUCAAAAAAGGAUAUGAGGACUGCCAGCAGGUGAUGGAAGCAUACUGCAACACCAGGAGAAGCUAGUAGUUUAUAGGAAGCAAGAUGAGAAGAAAUUUUUAAGAAACAAUCUAAAGAAGAAUCCCGUUCAAAAAUGAGGUGAAUUAAUGCUCGGGAACAGCUACAUGAGGUGUCUUAAAACUUCCUUGACUAUCUUGCCAAAUGAGUCUCUGCUCAUGAGACCCAAGAAGAUGAACCAGCCAAGGAGGGCUGGUGUCUUGCCCUGUAGGAACAGUGACUGCUGAUGUCUGUGAGCGAGCUGGGGACUGCAUGUUGUCUGCCAGUACCAUGAAGGAAGUGGUUUAUUGGUCACCCAAGAAGGUGGCAGACUGGCUGUUAGAGAAUGCUAUGCCAGAAUACUGUGAACCUCUAGAACAUUUCACAGGCCAGGACUUGAUCAACUUAACCCAAGAGGAUUUCAAAAAAACCCCACUGUGCCGAGUCUCGUCUGACAACGGGCAGCGGCUCUUAGACAUGAUAGAGACCCUGAAGAUGGAGCACCACAUGGAAGCACACAAGAAUGGCCAUGCCAACGGGCACCUCAGCGUUGGGGUUGACAUUCCCACCCCCGACGGCAGCUUCAGCAUCAAGAUUAAACCCAAUGGGAUGCCAAAUGGGUAUAGGAAAGAGAUGAUAAAGAUCCCCAUGCCAGAACCAGAGCGCUCCCAGUACCCCAUGGAGUGGGGCAAGACUCUUCUGGCCUUUCUUUAUGCACUUUCCUGUUUCAUUCUCACCACAGUGAUGAUCUCGGUCGUCCAUGAACGAGUACCUCCUAAGGAGGUGCAGCCUCCACUACCGGACACGUUUUUUGACCAUUUUAACCGGGUGCAGUGGGCCUUUUCUAUUUGUGAAAUUAACGGCAUGAUCCUUGUAGGACUCUGGCUAAUGCAGUGGCUGCUCUUAAAAUACAAGUCUAUUAUUAGCAGAAGAUUUUUCUGCAUAGUUGGCACGCUGUACCUGUAUCGGUGUAUUACAAUGUAUGUAACUACACUCCCAGUACCCGGCAUGCAUUUCAACUGUUCUCCAAAGCUUUUUGGAGACUGGGAAGCUCAAGUGCGGAGAAUAAUGAAGCUCAUUGCUGGAGGUGGCUUGUCUAUCACUGGCUCUCACAACAUGUGUGGGGACUAUCUGUACAGUGGCCACACGGUCAUGCUAACACUCACCUACUUAUUUAUCAAAGAGUAUUCCCCUCGACGACUCUGGUGGUACCACUGGAUUUGCUGGCUGCUCAGUGUCGUUGGAAUCUUCUGUAUUCUCUUAGCGCAUGACCACUACACUGUGGAUGUGGUGGUGGCAUAUUACAUCACCACAAGACUCUUCUGGUGGUAUCACACUAUGGCCAAUCAGCAAGUGCUAAAAGAAGCUUCCCAGAUGAACCUCCUGGCCAGGGUGUGGUGGUACAGGCCAUUUCAGUACUUUGAAAAGAAUGUCCAAGGAAUUGUACCUCGAUCUUACCAUUGGCCCUUCCCCUGGCCAGUGGUCCACCUCGGCAGGCAAGUUAAAUAUAGCCGGUUGGUGAAUGACACAUAACCGCUGUACCAAGUGGGGAACAAGGAACUGUCCGAAGUGCUAAGAACUCCAUAGAGAAGAUGCCAUAAAAUAAACACCUCCCUACUGCUAUUAUCUUUCAACAGUUACCUUGACUUAACCUAUUGAGUUACCUGGUCAGCACUGUGAUCUUUUUUCUCUCCAAAGGACCUGCGUUGGACAACAAUAAAGAAAUUUAACCUAUCAUGCACUGUACACAUUUCCUGUUCUUAAGUUUGGGAUUUAUAUAACCUGCAACCACCAUGUUCCUUUAUGUAUGAUUCAACAGCAUAAAUGUAAGCUUUUAUAUCAUAAGUUCUGGUCUUUCCAGUCACAUCUGGAAAUAAAGUGUGUUAUUUUCUUGGGAAAACAUACUUUUCAUAUCUCUUGCCCCAAAGAUAGGGCUGUAAGCCAUUUUCUAGCAAAUGUCUCUAUGAAGGUUUCUAAGUAUCUGAAUGGGAUUUGAUUCUGAAAUCUUUCUACCUGUUGCACUGAUACUCAGAUAAAGAUGAUAGACACAGAGAGGUUUGGUAACUUUGGGUUUUAUAAAAUUAAAAUUAGCAGAGAUGGUGUAUCAAAAAGUGCAAAAAAAAAAAAGAUUCUGUUAUAAAGUGAUUUUCUAAGUAUUUCCUAACUUUAUUUUUCAAAAUGAUGUUAUGAAAACCAAAUUUAAAGAUUUUUACAUGUCACAGAAAAGAGAGUUAAAAUUUAAAAAUGCUUCUUGGGAGAGAAAUUUGUCUAUGUUUAUAGUGCCUUUCUUGUCUUGAUUGUAUGGUUGGUAGGCAACUUAAUGUUUUUAUUUAAAAUAAAGUAUUCCAUGAAAAUAUAAAUGUAUGUAUACACUACUAAAAUUUGCAUUUAUAGCUAAAUUAAAUCAGAAGACUGCUUAUGGUUUUAAAAUUACUUUGACUUGACGAAUGGGGGUGAGUUAGAGUGAGAGCCCGUUUGCAUAUUGUGAGCAGGAGACGAUGCCUACCACUAAAAUGGUUUCAUUGUCCAUUUGAUAGUUCAGUUUUAACUACGAAAACAGCCAUGAAUAUCUUUUUUAAGAGAGAGUUUUGAAAAUGAUCAGUUACUUAAAACUUGAAAGCUACAAAUUAGUUAUCCAUACUCUCACGACAGUUUUGUUGGUGACAACAACAAAGAUAUAUUUCUUUAAAAAUAUAUUUGUGCAGAAACUGCAUGUAACUCUAAGUUUUCCUCCUAACAUGUAUGUUUGGGGAAGUAUUCUAGUCUAUACUUGCCAAUGUGGAGAACAAAAUAGUUUUUUAAGAAUGAAGAGGUAUAUAUAUCCAUUCUGUAUUUUAUGUGCAGCAGAAUUAUCUUCUGUAAGUUUUUUUUGUGUGCGUGCGUGCGUGUGCGUGUGUGUGUGUGUGCGUGUGUGUGUUCAUAAGGUGAUAUUUGUAUUGUAAAACAAUAAUGGUGAAGGAAAUAAAAAGGCUUUUAAAUUUUUGUUUGUUUUAAAUCUUUGUAAAGUUAUUAUUCCAGAGAGUAUACUGAUAUCUUACAGCUUAUCUAAAUCAUAAAUUAAUCAAAAUGCAAUUUUUAAUAAAAGCUGAUACUGAAAA